GAUCAGCUGCGCUUCUGCUCAUUGGCCCGCGCACCCGUCACUCAGGCGGUUGUAGUGCGGUCAUUUCAGUCCGGUUUAUAGCAGAGUCAGGUCAUUCACUGUACUUGAAAAAGGCACUAUAAUGGCGGGACGUCUUCUUCUCCGAGCUUGUACAACAACACUGCAGCUGAGGAGCGGCGUGCUGGCCCCGCUGCACCGUUCAAUGGCCACAGUGAGAGGCAUACCAACAGAUGAAGAACAGGCCACUGGGCUGGAGCGCCGUACCCUCCAGGCCCUCAAACAGGGAAAGGACCCUUACAGCAUCCUGAAACCAAAGCACUAUGCUGGUACCAAAGAAGACCCUCACAUUGUGCCAGGCAUUGGAACCAAGAGGCUGGUGGGAUGUCUCUGUGAGGAAGACAACACUGCUAUUGUGUGGUUCUGGCUUCAUGAGGGAGAGGCCCAGCGCUGUCCUUCCUGUGGUUCCCACUAUAAGCUUGUCCAUCACGAGUUGCCCCACUGAUACCAAAACUAACACACAAAGCCCCCAAAUUGGGCAACAACAGACAAGUGUAUUUGCCU